GGGGCCUUCUGAGAAGAAGGAAUCAACCAAAGAAAAGGGGGAGGAGAGACCAUGAAGGAGUGAGAGAACAAGUUGAGCGCUCCUCUGGAGUAAAUCUCUCAAUCUGAUCAGUGGGUGAGGAGGUGGACCUACACUUCAACUCAGUGUGGAAACCCAAGCUCCAAGGUUUUUUUCACUCUUCAGGAGGAAAAAGGCGACUUUACCGCUAUUUUGUGGGUGUAAGAGUUUUUUUGGUCCCUCAUGUCUCCUUUCAACCAUCAAAUGAUUCUGCCUAAGCUUUGCUUCAGCGGCCAUCAGACAUACUGAAGUGAAGUGACUUGUUUUACUCUUUCUGGCUGAAGAGUCGAUGGAUAGCAUGAAGAGCUCUCUGUCCCUGCAGCUGAACCUUUUCCUGGUAGUGCUUUCUUUAGUUCACCCUGCAUAUGCGACAUCAGGGCCUGACUAUGACUUUGGAGCCCACCCCCGCUUUGUGUGCACCCCGAUUCCCGUGGACGCAGACCCGUCCUGCUUCCCUACGGCCGGUCCAGGUGUGGGGUCGGCAGGUCCCGGCGGGCCGAGUCAUCAAAAUGUGCCUCCCAACAGCUGGUGGGGGGUGAGCGAUGAGGCCAAAGCCACCAUCCUCCACCUCAGGGAGAGCCUCGUCCAACAGAAAGAGAUGAUCCUGGACCAGAGGGAGACCAUUAGAGAGCUGACGGCAAAGCUCACUCUGUGCGAGGGCUUCGGACGAGGCGUGUCCCCUCAUGACGAGCACCCGGCCACGGCCCCGCGCUCCCAUCGCCCAGGCACGGCCAAUCAUCACACGUACACUGACAAUGGGCACUAUAGCAACCCGCAGGGUCACCAUGGAAACCGCAACCUCAUACCAGACUCGCCUCACCACCCCUCCUCCGUGGGGGUGCGAGGAUCUGCUGGAGGGUACGGCAGCAGCAGCCAGGGGAAGGACAAACAUGUGGCACCAGGGGACGGCAUGUCGUCCGGCGAGCAGAUGGAGAGGAUGCUGCAGGCGCUGAAGGAGAGACUGGACAACCUGCAGCAGAAGAGGAACACCUCCUCCACAUACUCCAGCUCUCUGAAGGAGCUGCUGCAGAGGAAGAUCAGCACGCUGGAGGAGCAGCUGCACCAUCACCCCGGCAGCCCGGAGCACCACGAUGACGACUCCACACAGAGCCACAGGGAUGACGGCGCCCAUCACGACGAGAACCACCACAACGACGAACACCUCAACCACCACGACGACCACGACGACCACCACCAUGACGACCACCACGACGACCACAACGGCGAAGAUCACGACAGUCAUGGCGACAACGCCCACCACACAGACCAUGACGAAGACAGCCACAGUGAGGACCAUGACGAUGGAGAUGGUGACCACGACAGCAGCCAUCACGAGGACGAUGGUGAUCACCACAGUAACGAAGCAGACAGUCACAGUUACCUUCCACACACAGGAUACAGGGCGCCAGGGCCUCGGACUGGUUUCCACUCAAAUAAACUGGAAACGAUGCUUAAUCAGCUGCAUCUUGCAGGAUCUGGCAGGAAGAAACCCAUGGGCCUCGAUGCCUUCCAGAUCAGCUUCCCCAUGAGGACCAACUACAUGUAUGGUCGGAUGAAGAAGACCAUCCUGCAGGAGAUCUUCGCUCUGACUCUGUGUCUCUGGAUGAAGGCGGGCGUAGGACCCGGACUGGGAACGCCUUUUUCUUACUCAGCCCCUGGACAGUCCAAUGAGCUGGUGCUUAUCGAGUGGGGGAACAACCCCAUAGAGCUGCUCAUCAACGACAAGGCUGCGACGCUGCCCCUGUCUCUGACCGAUGGGAAGUGGCACCAUGUGUGUGUGACGUGGACAACGAGGGAGGGACAGUGGGAGGCCUACCAGGACGGAGUUCAGAGGGGAUCUGGGAUGAGCCUCUCUCCUUGGCAUGCUAUCAGACCUGGAGGGGUUUUCAUCCUGGGACAGGAGCAGGACACUUUGGGAGGCCGUUUUGAUGCCACUCAGUCGUACGUGGGGGAGAUGUCAGACCUGCACAUGUGGUCACAUGUCCUGAGUGUUAAUGACAUCUACAGCCUGGCCUCCUGCGGGAGCCACCUCCAAGGCGACGUCAUCGCCUGGUCUGAAACAGAGGUGGAGCUUCACGGUGGCGUGGCCAGAUACCCAUUUGAUCCCUGCCACUGAAGACCGCCGCACGAAAGACGCAGAACUUCAACAUAUCCGUCAAAAGAUAUGCAGCAAUGCAGCAAAAGAAAACAGAAAUCCUCAAACUUAAAAACAAACAUCAGAGCGUAUGCCUUCUAUUAAAGUGAUUUUGCUAAAUAACAUAAAAGAAGAAAAAAAUGUAGUGGUGACUGUGUUUACGGAUCACCUGUAAGGUGUCGGUGGCUGUGAGCUUUAGUCAUGGACCACAUUAUCUACUGGAACCAUGAGUUUGUGUUUUAUUUUAAACAGACAAUGCUGAGUGUGACAUAUUGUCAUAUUGUUAAUAAGACUGAAUACAGUCAGGUCUGAGCUAAUAUUAUCGGACCUUAAAUGGGUUCAGCUGUGGUGACGUAACAGUUUGUAGUUAGUUUGAAUGAAAUUCAUGAAAAUGUUUUAUACUCUGGAUUCUCUUUUUAAAGGUUUCCAUGAAACAUACAGCUAAUUUACCAAAGAAAUUGUAGGAUUAAGUUGUAUUUGUGAUACUCUUUUGUAAUCUUAUGAAUCUCUGCAUCAGUUAGACGUCAUGAGAGCAAUGUUGGAGAACCUUUCAGUAGUUAAGAGGCCUCCGUCAGUUUGAUGUGUUAUAUGGACUCAUGCCUCAAUUUUGUACUUGCAGGGACUCUUGAACAUUUAGAAACCAUUCACUUGUAUUUAACAUUUUAUAAACUUGCUGCACAAGGUCAUUAUUUAAAAAGGCACCGACAUUUCUCACUUUUUCACUGAAUUAGUUUAUGACUUCUGAGUCGCAUUGUGGCUUUUUGACCUUUGUGAAUCUGGCCUUGAUGGAAUAUGUAUUUCUUAUUGCACAGUGUAAUAGCAUAUGAUUUUAGUAAGGUUCAAACUUCAUCAAUGUGUAUAAGUUUGUCUUUGAACAUAUGUAAAUAAAGAGGGGGGA